AUGCAUUUUGGGGACAAUUGUAACAAGUUGGGGGACGUUUGUAACGUGUUACAAUUGUCCCCUUCCAUCUUUGGCGCUUGGUAUCGGUUACUUAGCAACCAUGCUUGCAGAGUAUGCCACGGUCCAGGAUUAGGAAAACAGAAAGGGGGUCUUCCAGCAAGCACACAAUUGCAACAAGCAGCUUCCCUAGUCUUGGAAAAAAGCGUCUCCGUAAGAGAAGCCGCAAGACAACUUCAAAUCUGUCAUGUAACUGUACACCGAUACAUACAGAAAAUUAAAAAUGGUAUUGAACAACCUAGAGUUGGUUACAAUUCACAUAAUAGGAUACUAUCUCCAGAAGACGAACAUAUAUUUUGUGAUUACAUACGGAAUUCUUCUGACUUAUAUUUUGGACUUACGCCAACUGAUGUUCGUUCUCUUGUAUACGAAUUUGCCAUUAGGAAAUCUGUUACAGUUCCCGAGCAAUGGCACGUUACCAAAAUGGGAUCUAGAGAUUGGUUCUCCAACUUUAUGAACAGAAAUCCAACAUUGUCAAUUAGAGUGCCAGAGGCCACAAGUCACGCUAGGGCCGUGAACUUUAACAGAGUCAACGUUACAAAAUUUUUUGAUAAUUUAUCUAAAGUUAUGGAUAAAUAUCAUUUUGAAGCCGCCAACAUAUACAAUGUAGAUGAGACGGGGGUUACCACAGUGCAAAAACCGAGUAAAAUUGUUUCAACUAAGGGCACUAAGCAAGUCGGGGCGGUAACUUCUGGUGAAAGGGGAACGUUAGUUACCCUUUGUGUAGCUGUAAAUGCUAUAGGCAACGCUAUUCCUCCCAUGUUUAUAUUCCCUAGGAAGAGAUUCAAACCAUUUUUCAUGACCGGGGCUCCAACUGGUUCAAUCGGAGAAGCCAAUGGUUCUGGCUGGAUGGACACAGACACAUUCUUCACCUAUAUAAAACAUUUUGCCAAAUAUAGUAAACCUUCACAAGAAAAUAAAAUCCUCCUGCUUCUCGACAAUCAUAGAUCACAUUUAGGGCUAAAAACUAUCGACUUCUGCAGAGACAACGGAAUCGUUCUUCUGUCAUUUCCGCCUCACACUUCGCAUAAAUUACAGCCCUUAGAUCGAAGUGUAUAUGGUCCACUAAAAACAUAUAUGAACAGUGCUAUGGACGCUUGGAUGAAAAAUCAUCCCGGACAGACCAUGGGGAUAUAUGACUUACCAGGACUUGUCGCCGAAGCAUUACCAAAAGCUACUACGCCAACUAACAUCCUUAGUGGAUUCAAAGUGUCGGGAAUAUUUCCUUUUAAUAGAGAUGUGUUUCAAGACUACGAGUUUUCACCCUCUCUACCGACUGACACCCCUUUAACCACCAACCUAUACAACGCAGCAGAGAUCCCCCAAUUAGUUCAAACUGACCCUAUUCCAUCAACAUCACGAGAAUCUGAUCACAUCAUUGGCAAUAAAACACCAACGAAAAUAGAUACUCACCAAAUAGACGCAUUAAACAAUUCCAAAGAAUUAUUGGAAACAAUUCGGCCCUUUCCAAAGGUUCCAUUAAAUCUCAAGAAAAAAGUUAUAAGGAAAAAGAGAUCAACGGCAAUACUAACUGAAACACCUGAGAAGAUGGCACUUGAGGAAGAGGCAUCCAAACUUCGAAAAAAGAACGCUGAGAAAGUAAAGAGAAAGGUGUAUAAGAAAAAAAGUGUAGUUUCUAGUUCAUCGGAUGAGGACGACGCAGUAUGUCUGUAUUGCCUAAAGCCCUACUCCAAUGACAAGCGUGGUGAGGAGUGGAUACAGUGUCAGUCCUGCAAGAGCUGGUGCCAUUCGGACUGUAGAGAUGAAGAGGAUAGCUUUUUCUUCUACUGCAUCAACUGCAGAGAUUAA